AUGAACAUAGAACUUCUUAAGAAGCUUCAAGCAAACGCUGAUAACAUCCGAAUUGGAGGAAAAGGAACUGCACGAAGAAAGAAGAAGGUUAUCCACAAAAGUGCAGCAACUGAUGACAAAAAACUUCAAGGAUGCCUCAAAAAAAUUUCCACCACAAAUAUUCCUGGAAUAGAAGAAGUUAACAUGAUCAAAGAUGAUGGAUCAGUUAUCCAUUUCACUAAUCCAAAAGUUCAAGCUUCUGUUGGUGCCAAUACUUUUGCCAUAAGUGGAGCUGGAGAAAACAAACAAAUCACUGAAAUGCUUCCAUCUAUAUUAAACCAAUUGGGACCAGAGUCUCUUGCUCAUCUUAAGAAAUUGGCUAAUAAUGCUACUAGUCAAUUCAAAGCUCCUGAAGAAGACGUUCCUGAACUUGUUGAAAACUUUGAUGAAGCGUCAAAAGAAGAAGCUAAAGAACAAGAAUAA